GUGUCAGCGGUAGCGAUGCCGCCUCCGUUACCCACAAUACACCGUUUCUCAAACAGAUGGAUUCCAAGAUGGCGGCGGACAGCGAUCCGGAGUCGGAAGUGUUUGAAAUCACGGAUUUUACCACUGCGUCUGAGUGGGAGAGGUAGGAGACGAUUUGUGUCAAAAAUUGAAGAAGUGCUGAAUGAUUGGAAACUGAUUGGAAGCACUGCAAGCAAACCGUUGGAAAAGGGUGAAUUAACCUCUGGAGUGUGGGAGGAGAAAUCUGAUGAGAUAUCUUUUGCAGAUUAUAAAUUCAGCAUAACACAUCAUUACCUCAAACAAGAAUCUUCAUCUGAUAAAGACAUAAAGGAAGUGUCUGAGGAAGAUGUUCUUCCUGAAGCAAUGCAGGAUAUGCUAUCCAUGAGCAAUGAUUUUCCACCCAGAGCUCACUGCCUCGUCAGAUGGUAUGGUCUACGGGAGUUCGUGAUAAUUACUCCAGCAGCUAAUAGCAAUGCAGUCAUCAGUGAAUCGAAGUGCAACAUUCUGCUCAGCUCCAUCUCCGUUGCAUUGGGCAACACUGGAUGUCAGGUGGCUUUAUUUGUGCAAAUUCAACAAAAGUCAAGAAGAAUGUACAUUGGUGCAUGCGAAGGGCCUGGUGUUCGUACGGAUUUUGAAAUGGUUCAUCUUCGGAAAGUGCCAAAUCAGUACAAUCAUCUGUCUGGUCUUCUGGAUAUUUUUAAAUCCAAGAUUGGAUGCCCUUUGACACCUUUGCCCCCAAUAAGUGUAGCUAUUCGGUUUACAUAUAUCCUUCAAGACUGGCAACAGUAUUCUUGGCCACAGCAGCCACCAGAUUUUGAUGCAUUGGUUGGAGGAGAAGUGGGUGGUCUAGAAUUUGGAAAGUUACCAUUUGGAGCAUGUGAAGACCCUAUUAGUGAAUUACACUUAGCCACCACCUGGCCUCAUCUUACAGAAGGCAUUAUUGUUGAUAAUGAUGUAUACUCGGACCUUGAUGCUCUGCAAGCACCGCUGUGGUCCGUCAGGGUGAGGAAGGCUGAUAACCCCCAGUGUUUGUUAGGAGAUUUUCUCACUGAGUUCUUUAAACUGUGUCUUCGGAAAGAGUCGAUUGAUGAGAUUCUUGGAAGGACAACAUUUGAGGAUGAAAGUAAAGAUCAUGCAGAUAUUAGCCAAGCUUUGCAGAAGCUCACAGAGCCAACAUCUGUUCACAUGCCUCGACUAUCUACCAUGUCAAAUAUGGUCCACAGUGCUCGCAAGAGGAUGCAUAAACACAGACGAAUAGAAGAGUCACCAAUUAGUAAUGAAGUUCUAAACUCCAUUUUAUUAUUUCUGUUUCCUGAUGCUGCUGAGAAGACUGGAGAUUUAUCUAAUGCUAAAUGUAGCAGCUCAGGAGGAAGUAAUAUUGCUGCAUCUGAAGAAGAGUGGAACCUUUACAGUCAAUUUAAAUCCGCUCCUUCAGACAGUCUGACAUACAAGUUGACUUUGUGUCUCUGUAUGGUUAACUUUUAUCAUGGUGGAAUGAGGGGUGUGGCCCAUUUAUGGCAAGAAUUUGUGUUGGAAAUGCGGUACAGAUUGGAAAAUAAUUAUAUUGUGCCAGGAUUAUCUGCCGGGCCUCCAGACUUAAGAUGUUGUUUGUUACAUCAAAAACUGCAGAUGCUGAAUUGUUGCAUUGAAAGGAAAAAAGCAAGAGAUGGUGGAAGGAAACAAAUAUCAGAAAAUGUAAUAGCAGAGAGGAAAUUGUCGAAUAAUGCUGGCAAAGGGACAACAGAGUGUACAGAUAACAAAGAGUUUGAGAAGGAAAACAAAGGAGAAUCAUCCCAGCAGAGAUCAUGGGACUCGUGGAGUGACAGUGAAGAUGAGUUUUUUGAGUGUCUGAGUGACACAGAAGAGUUGAAGGAAAAUAGACAGGAGAGUGAGACAAAAGAAGGAACGACAAAAGGUGACAAAGAUGAAGGAGGAAAGAAAGACAUCCAAAAGUGCAAACCAGAAGGACGUCUGCAUCAGCACGGCAAACUGACUCUUCUACACACGAGUGGUCCACUUUAUAUUCCACUUACACAAGAGCCAGCACCAAUGACAGAAGAUUUAUUAGAAGAGCACUCAGAGGUAUUAGCUAAAUUGGGAACUUCAGCUGAAGGAGCACAUUUACGUGCUCGAAUGCAGAGUGCUUGUUUGCUGUCAGAUAUGGAGUCCUUCAAGGCUGCAAACCCAGGCUGUUGUUUGGAAGAUUUUGUGAGAUGGUACUCUCCACGUGAUUAUAUUGAAGAAGAAUUCACGGAUGAAGUAGGUGACAAGGUUCUAAGGGGCGAAUUGAGUGCCAGAAUGAAAAUCCCUGGUAACAUGUGGGUGGAAGUGUGGGAAACUGCAAAGCCAAUUCCUGCUCGAAGACAAAGACGGCUUUUUGAUGACACAAGGGAAGCUGAAAAGGUUCUUCACUAUUUAGUUGGCUUGAAACCUGCAGAUUUGACUGGGCAUUUACUGCCUUGUAUUUUGCAUGCAGCACUGCUGAAGGUCAAAGAAGAAGAAUCUGUAGAAGAUAUCCCAUCUGUAAGAAAAAUAAUCCAGCAGAUCAUUUCUCAUGCAAGCAAACUAUUAAGAUAUUCAAAUCCAGAUAUCAAAAAAUUGGAAGAACUAAUUAGUCAGAUAACAGCUUCAGAAACUAUUAUUGCAAGAUCUCGAUCAUUCAAAGCCAAAUUUGGAAUUCAGAAAUGUGAAAGGGAUGAUGAACGUGAAGAAUUGGAAAGGUUUGUGAGCUGUCUUUUAGAACAGCCAGAAGUCCCAGUUAUUGGAGCAGGACGAGGCCCUACAGGAAGCAUUAUUUACAAACUAUUUGUUAAUGCACAGAGGACCACUACUCUGACUCCGAUUGAGGAUGAACCUGUGAAGCCAGGCACUUCUGACGAAUAUAAAUCAAGUUCAGCAGCAUCAGAAUUUCCCCUGCCAACUGGACGUGAAAUAAUUCUCCGGACAACUGUACCUCGCCCUGCACCGUACUCCAAGUCGUUACCACAACGCAUGUACAGUGUGUUGUUAAAAGAUGAAUUCCGUCUAGCUGGUGCAUUUUCAUCGGAUACAUCAUUCUUCUAAUACAGUUCUAAUAUUCAUUAAAAUAUAAUUCACAAAUACUUUGGUGUCAUUCCUACAUUUCAGACUUUAGCAAAUUAGUAUGCUUUAGCUGAAAUUGUUAAAUAUCUCAAAAGUUAAUCCAAUGCUACAGAAUGCUUAUAAAAAAUUAUGCAUGCAAAUAACAGUGAUUCUGGUAAGAAAUGUAAUGAUUGAUUAAAAAUUGGCUAAAGCAGAAAUGGACACAGUAUUUGAAAACAAAAUUAACAAUAUAGCUUUUACUGAUAAAAUUAAUCAAAUGUAAAGUGUGACAACAUAUAAAGUGGAACUGUGCAUAGGAUACUUCUGUCAGUUAUCACUUCAGCUAAUCUGCUGAAUGCAGGAGAAUAUUUUAUAACUUAUUACAGCCCUGGAAUGGUCACAAAAUAUCCUGCCUGUACCAUGUGCUCAGCAUUAUAAAAUGUUUUCUGACAUGGGUGCUUUUGGAAGAUUUUAUUGCAUCAAUAAAUCUUACAAAUCACACUAAUUUGGUUGAAAAGAAGAUUGGUAAUUAAUAGCAAAAAUAUAAUUUUGGAUAACUAUAGAUGUUGCCUCUGCAGUGGAAUUUGGUUGUAAUUUACACUAAUAUUUUUCAACAAUUGAACAGCUAUAGAGCCAUUGAAACGACCUUAAGUUUGAUGAAGCAAUAAUCCUCCAGUACACAUCAAUGUUUACAUCCACAGCAACAGAACGGAUUAGCAUGAUGAUGGUAAACUGCAAGUCAUUUUUGGUCUGUUCUCUGUUUAACAAGGUCCAGUGACAAUGUAACUGAUCCACUGGAACAUUGAAGUUGCGCACAAAGAAUUUGUUCUUCCAUUAAUCCCCAUUCAAUAUACAACGGAUAAUUAGACAAAUCCCCUGGAGGCACAACGAACUGCAGACGAUUUACAAAAUCAUCCAAAUGUCUUUCAAACGUUCUUAUUAAUGAUUUGAAAACAAUCUAAAGUUGUCCAACCUCCUUACAGUUAAUACCCUCUAAUCCACAGCCUUCUUGUAAACUUCUUUACCUUCACCAAAGCCUCCAAAUCAUUCUUUAUCAAUCUAGAACUGCUCACAAUGCUCCAAAUACAGUCUAGCCAAAGUCCUACACAGUUUAAGUAUUACUUCAUGACACUAUACCCUGACCAAUGAAGAUAAACAUACCAUAAGCUGCCUUUACCAUUCUCUCUACUUGUGGAUGGGAAGGGAAUGGAGGGUUAUGGUCUGAGCGCAGGUAUAUGGGACUAAGGGAGAUUAUGUGUUCGGCACGGACUAGAAGGGUCGAGAUGGCCUGUUUCCGUGCUGUAAUUGUUAUAUGGUUAUAUGGUUAAUGGUCUUACAAAUCAAAUUUUUAAGACGUGCUGCAGACAAAGCUGUGCUAAAUAUCCCCAAUUACCCCAUUCUCUUCCAAAUAAGAAUACAUCUUGUCCAGAAGAAUCCUCUCCAAUAGUGUCCCACUGACAUGAUGCUCACUGCCCUAUAGUUUCCUGGAUUAUCUUCCGUUCAACAAAUGUACAGCUUUGGCUAUUUUCCUGUCCUCUGGCACCUUGCCUUGGUGGAUAUUGCCACACCAUUGCAAACAGCUUAGAUCCUGUACUGUCAUUUAUCUAAUUCUUUGGGAAACCUUUGUGCAUAUAGACACUAAUCAUCAGUACUAGGUUGCAUUUGUCACAAUUAUGAAAUCCUGUUCGGUCACCACAGGUGGGCUUUGUUACAUGCAAGUUCAAUAUUUUUAAAAAAAAAGCUCCCCCCUCUCUCUCUCUCACACACACACACACACACUCUUACCAAGAGACUUAAGCACUAAAGAGCCUGUCCCACUUGCAUGCGUUUGGUGCGACUAAACGGAAGCGGAGAUCACGCUAAGACACGCUAAGUUCACGCGUGACGUCAUUUGUGUCAUACUUACCAAUCAGCUGGGCAGGAGGCGGGCCGACUGAAUUUGAGCGUUGCACUGCGUCGGGCGGUGACGUUAUCGCGCAACGCCACGCGCUAGGCAUACGCCGUCAAGACGCUGCGUACGACCGCAAUGCGCCUGCCUGCCGACAGACUGUUGGCGAGCAAAGAUUUCGGACAGUGCCAGUUUGUCGGAGCCCCGCACAACUCCACGCUUCUAAGUGGGACUGGCCCCGCACGGCCAUACGGUGUCCGUACGCCUCAAGCGAUCACGUUUGGUCGCGCCAAACGCAUGCAAGUGGGACAGGCCCUUAACUAAUCAUAGUGCAGAAUCUGCUACAAAUGUUAAUUAAUUGAACAAACCUCCACUUUUAAACAAAGCUGCUUAACCCAGUUAAGAAAGGCCUAGAGUUAACCCCCAAAAAAACAAUUACCACAGGUGAUCCCAGUGUUAGGAUGCUCAGGUUACAGAAAUCACAAAUCACUGCUCAGAAAUUUGAGAUGAAAUAAAGUUUGCUCCCAUUGAAUUUGAAAUCAAUCAAAACAAUUUUUUUUUUUUUAAAUCACCGCACAUUUCUUGAUGUUGACAUGACUUCAUGGUGCACACAAUUGUGAUGCGACCCAUUUUCUAGAAAUACAAACACACUGUAAUGAAAGGUCACCUGUUACCGACCGACUACAAAGAAAGCUCUUCACAGAGAUUUAUUUAAUGGUCUGGUACAAGACUUUACGUAGUUGGUUGAUAAUGGAUAAAUUCGAAGUAACUUCUCGAACAGUCAAGGGAUGUAUCCAAAUGUUUGGUCUUCAAAGGUCUAUCAGCAGCAUACUAUGGCAAUUUUAAUUUAUAAACAGUGCACAAUGUUCCCAUUAUGAAGGGUCCAUUAAAAAUCCAAAGUUAGCAUUUCUGCAAAUGCAGCAUCUACAGUGUAAACAGCAAAACAAUUCUUAUCAUCACAAAGAUCAGGAAGAUAAAUUACUUGCAAAUUUUUUAGAAGAAAAUAACACACCAUGUUUAACAAAACACAGACAUGUAUAAGGAACAAAAAUUCUAAAAGUGGAUAUUUAAUAUGGAAGAAAAGAACAUGCUUGUUGACUUGCACCUUAAUAUCUUCUAAACUAUUGUGUCAAAUGUCUAGAUUAGAGAACAAUAAAGACAACAGAGGGUGAUAGACAGGUAUAUGUUUUUAUUGUAUAUUAGAUAGCUAUAAAUUGUCGUGGCAAGCACACUUUUUAUGCUCAAAUAAUUUAUUAACACAUCUUUAUUGCAUGCAUUUCAGAUAAUGUAAUGUUUCAACUGCAUUAAAUUUCCUGUUGCUUUUGAUGUACAUUUAUACUUAUUUACUUGUAAAAAAAGUUCUGAUGUCAGAUGCUUGUUUUAAUGUUUUGGUAAGCCUCUUUGCCUUGCUUCUUUCUUUAGCUUGUUUUGCAGUUCGCUGCAAAAUAAAAAAAUUAAAUUGUCAGCUUCAGUUAAACAAUCUUAUUCUCCCAGUUAUUAAAUUGUUUUUAUUUAA